CACUCCACAUUUCUCACACACACCCGACGUUGUGAAAAUCGAAAACCAUGGCCACCGCCUCCGUCCAAUCCCUCCCCCAAAUUUCCCUCGAGCACGGCGGCGCCGCCGCCGGAAAAGCCUUCGACGACGACGGCCGAGUCAAGCGAACCGGGACGCUGCUGACGGCGAGCGCCCACAUAAUCACGGCGGUGAUCGGCUCCGGCGUGCUGUCGCUGGCGUGGGCCAUAGCCCAGUUGGGAUGGGCCGCCGGCCCGGCCGUGCUGAUGGCGUUUUCCUUCAUCACUUACUUCACCUCCACCCUCCUCGCCGACACCUACCGCUGCCCCGGCCCCCUCCACGGCCGCCGGAACUACACCUACAUGGACGUCGUCCGUUCACACUUAGGUGGUUUUAAAGUUCAGCUCUGUGGAAUUGCUCAGUAUGGUAAUCUUAUCGGAAUCACCAUUGGAUACACAAUUACAGCUUCAAUCAGCAUGGUGGCCGUCGAGAGAUCGAAUUGUUUCCAUAAAAAUGGGCAUAAGGAUAAGUGUUCGGUCUCGAACUACCCUUACAUGGCGGCAUUCGCCGUCAUUCAAAUCGUUCUAAGCCAAAUACCCAACUUCCAUGAGCUCGACUGGCUAUCGAUUGUCGCGGCCGUCAUGUCUUUCGCCUAUUCCACUAUUGGCCUCGGCCUCUCCAUUGCCAAAGUUGGAGAAAGCGGACAUCAUGUUAAAACAACUUUAACUGGCGCGACGGUUGGCGUGGACGUAACUGCCGCCGAUAAGGUGUGGAGGAGCUUCCAAGCCAUCGGAAACAUCGCCUUCGCUUAUGCCUACUCCACCGUGCUCAUCGAAAUUCAGGACACACUAAAGUCGGAGCCUUCCGAGAGCAAGGUAAUGAAGAAGGCUUCCUUAGCCGGGGUUUCGGUCACAACCGUGUUCUAUGUCCUUUGCGGUUGCAUAGGUUACGCCGCGUUCGGAAAUGAUGCUCCCGGAAACUUCCUCACCGGAUUCGGAUUCUACGAACCGUUUUGGCUCAUCGACUUUGCUAACGUUUGCAUUGCAAUCCACCUUAUCGGAGCUUAUCAGGUGUUCGCGCAACCGAUAUUCUCGUACGUCGAGCAACGGUGCGGCGAGAGAUGGCCGGAGAGCAAAUUCCUAUCGGCGGACCAUAGCUUUUGCGGAUCUAAUUAUCAGGUAAAUUACUUCCGGCUUGUGUGGCGAACGACGUAUGUGGUCCUGACGGCGCUAGUGGCGAUGAUCUUCCCGUUCUUCAACGACAUUCUUGGCCUCAUCGGAGCGGCGUCUUUCUAUCCGUUGACGGUGUACUUCCCGAUUGAGAUGCACAUUGCGCAGUCGAAAAUCCCUAAGUUCUCGGCGCGGUGGAUAUGGCUUAAGAUCCUUAGUUGGUCUUGCCUGAUCGUUUCGCUCGUCGCCGCCGCCGGAUCGAUACAAGGGCUUGCUCAGUCUGUUAAGACAUACAAGCCCUUUAAGACACAGUAAAGCCUUUGUAAAUAAGACUUUACUGCGUCGUUAAAACGACCGUGUUUUAUUGAACAUGAUAUCGUAUUUAUGGAGACGAGGCUAGUCUCGUCGAAAAAUUAAUGAUCAUUGACAAUGAAAUUUAAAUGUAAAAUGUGUUUGUUGUUUGUAUUAUUUUCUUCUAGUUUUAUAUAAUUUAUAAUUGAAGUGUUUUAUGAAGAUUAUGUUUAUGUAUAUAUUUUUAAGAUUUUAUAAUCCCAUCAUUUUCAUGAUUGA